UCUUCCAAGGGGCGCCGGUGACCCGCGCACCGCUCCUUCAGGGGCGUACGCUACCACCCUCACACGGCGCCACUCAGAGCAGCGCAGAUCCCGGUAACGUGCCCGCACCUCCUGGUUCGCCCGUCCACCCGCUUCCCCGGCGCACGGCGGGCUGACGGAGGCGACACCGGCACCAGCUACCGGUAACGGGACACGGGGUUCCGACUCGUCAGACCCCGCGCUCCCCAGGGGCUACCGCACGCUUCAGCUUAGAGAAGUAGUUAAGAGUGGAAGCCCACUCCGCAAGCAGAGGCCCGCCGGUGCUCUGCCGCGCCUGCCCCGACCACCCUCGGCACCUCCGGGCCGGGCCCCCGACCUCGCCACACCCCGAGCCCGCCCCGGUCCGGUCCGCAGCGGCGGCCCCAGGCGUCUAGGCAGCCCCGGGCCCAGCUGGCGACGGCGGGCCAGCUCGCGUAUCCCUCCGCGGCGCCGUGCGUGCGUGCGGCGGCGGCCGCUGCUCGGGAAGCGCGUGAGGCAGCGCCGCGGGGAGAGAACUACUUUCAGGAAACUCGAGCGCAGGGCAGCGGCGGGCGCCGCGGGGAGGGCGAUGGCGCGGGCGCGUCCGGCGCGGGCGCAGGGUCAAGGGGAUUACUUUCUUCCCCUCGCUCUUCCCUCUUCUCCCUCCUCCCUUUCCCCCCUGGUUAUUUUGGAUCAAGCUGUGGCGGCGGAAGGAGCUUGAAGUCAACGCUUCCGCCCAGUUUUCCUGUGAGGAGGCGGAGGCGGCUGCGAGGAGCCGAGGCGGCCGCUAAUGGAGUUGCUGCCGGGGUGGGAGCGCGGCCGCUGAACUUCCCCGCGGGCUUCCUCCCUGCCCUGCCCCUCGUCCUGCGGCCGGGGCUCCUCUCUGGCCCUGGCAGCUCCUCUCCCCACAGCUCCCCGCUCCGCUCCUCACACAAACAGCCGUGACGCAUCCUCCCUCUCCUCCGUCCCCCCCCCCCCCUUCCCACCCCCGGGCUGGUUUAAAACGCCUCCCUCCCCCCGUCACCAGCCUUCUCCUUGGGGCCGGCUCGUCCUCCCUCCGCAGUGCUCGGCGUCGCUUCGGAGGGGGUGGGAGAGCCCAGCCGAGCCGCUCGGCCCCCCUCUCCUCCUACCCCCCCCCCCCCCGCCCCGCGCCUGCCCCGGCCUGUGGCGGCUCCGGUGUCUGGAGGAAUUUCUGCCGCCGCCUGCCCCGGUUGGGCGAGGGAGGCGGCCGAGCAGCAGCAGCAGCAGCGGCGGCAGCAGAAGGAGGAGAGCAGCAGCAGUAGCGAAGGCGGCUGCAACGGGAGAUGAGCUGCAGCGGGAGGACGGUGCGGUGCAGCUUUUUGCGGCGCGGAGCCUUCCCUCGUCUCUGCCACUCUGUCCCCCUUUAACUGGAAGCAGCUCAAGAGCAGAAGAUCGUGGUUGUUGGUGCUGUUUCCACCACUGCCUUCACCACCAUCAUCAUCGUCAUCUCUGCAGACAGGGGAAAUACGCUCCAGCGCCGGACAACAGGAUUUCGUGUUUCCAGGAUAAAGAUCGCUCUCCCCACCGUUUUCCCCCCUCCUCCCCCCCCUUCUCAGCGCUGCCCGGGCCCUGGCCGGGGGCGGCAGCCCGGGGGGGUAACAAUGGUGAAGUUUCUGGUGAGUUCUGGCUGCGCCCUGGCUGCGUCGGUGCUGCUCCGUCUCCCUGUCGGAUCGCGGUGAGGAGAAAAUGAGCGAAGAGACGGCGACUUCUAACAACGAAAAAGAAGAUGAGCAAGAUCCUAUUCAAUGUACUUGAUCGGACAGUCCUGUUUUUACCAAAGAGCUAAACACAACUUCAUGUACCCAGAGUUUGGGCCCUUGUGAGAACUUACCCCUUUUUGCUGAGAGAAAAUCCAUCUCCACUACAUUUCUGGUUGGCCUGCUUCCGUCUGGCAGCUUCCAGGCAGCUCCGGAGGUUUCUUUUCAGCUUUCAACCUUUCUCUUCUUCAGUUUCCCUCUCCUCACUGCAGACUGUAUCUGGAAAACACUACUGUAGCAGUAACCUGACUGAAUGAGACAGGAGACUUCCCUAGGAUUCACACCUGGUGGUGGAAUAAUAGUUAUGCACGAGUGCGAGCUGUGGUGAUGACCCGGGAUGACUCAAGUGGUGGAUGGUUACCACUUGGAGGGGGUGGACUAAGCUGUGUCACGGUCUUCAAAGUCAUUCCCCAGGAAGAGAAUAGCUGUGCUGAUUUUCUUAUCCAUGGAGAACGACUCAGGGAUAAAACGGUGGUCUUGGAAUGCACAUUAAAGAAGGACCUCGUUUACAACAAAGUUACUCCUACUUUUUACCACUGGAAGAUUGAUGACAAAAAGUUUGGCCUCACAUUUCAAAGUCCUGCUGAUGCAAGAGCAUUUGAUAGAGGUAUUCGGAGAGCAGUAGAGGAUAUUUCUCAAGGUUAUCCACCCUCCCAAAAUGAUGUUGAAGUGGCAGAAGACUGCUUUCAAACUACUCAAGAAAAUACAUCAGGUUCAUUAAUGAAAGAUCACCUUUUCCAACACAAAACUGUAGUAACCAACGAACCUUACAACAGUGCAAAUUUAAGGCCUUCGGCAUUUGAGGAUUUCAACACCAGGAGAGCCUGUUUUCCUAGCCAACCUAACCAGGUGCCACUGAAGUCAAUCAGACAUGUUAGUUUUCAGGAUGAAGAUGAAAUUGUUAGGAUAAACCCUCGUGACAUUUUGAUACGUCGUUAUGCAGACUACAGGCAUCCUGACAUGUGGAAGAACGACCUGGAGAGGGAUGACGCAGACUCAAAUAUACCAUUUUCUAAAUCAGACAGUAAAAAAUCUGACUAUUUAUACCCAUGUGGGGAUGGAACUAAGUUGAAUUCCCUGAAAGACUCAAAGAGUUCUGUGGUAUUUAAAACUCAGCCUUCCUCAUCAAAAUUUAAAAACUCAAAAAGAAGAAAAGAGGAUGGUGAGCGUUCCCGCUGUAUAUACUGCCAGGAAAGGUUUAAUCAUGAAGAUAAUGGCAGAGGAAAAUGUCAAGAUGCGCCAGAUCCUAUUAAAAGAUGUAUCUACCAAGUUAGUUGCAUGCUUUGCGCAGAGAGCAUGCUCUAUCACUGCAUGUCAGACUCUGAAGGAGAUUUUUCUGAUCCUUGCUCAUGUGACACUAGUGAUGACAAGUUCUGCUUACGCUGGUUAGCACUGGUGGCACUCUCGUUCAUUGCUCCAUGUAUGUGCUGCUACCUCCCCUUGAGAGCAUGCCAUCACUGCGGUGAGGUGUGUGGGUGCUGUGGAGGAAAGCAUAAAGCUGCGGGAUGAAUCAGUCUUGUGCCAAACAGAGCUGAAAAAUCUUUGUUUCCAGGAAGCAUCUAACUUGGAUUUGUGGAAGCUUUUUGGCAAGCUGAAGGGAAUCUUCUUUCAUGUAAGAGAUGCUUGAUGUGGAGGAAGCAACAAGACUUGUCAGACCUUGGCAUUUUACAAGUGCUAGCCACGCCUAACUAUUUCCUUUGAGUGCGUGGCGUUUGUUGCAAGUUGUGAAGGAGAUUUUGCAAAGGAAAGCCUAUUCUUAUUAUUGGCUAUAAAACGAGUACAUAAACUAUGAUUAUACUAAAAGGGAUUAACUUUUGCCACUUUGUACAUUCAUGGUUUAGGUGAGGGGGCUCUUUUAAAAGGAUUAAAACUUACCUGAGGGGAAAUUUUAACUAAAAGUGCACUAGUGACAGUUGAUUUAAGAUUAAGAAAAGUUAAUACUCGGCAAAUGAGAAAUGAAACUGAUUUUAAGUGCAACUAAAUCACUUAUUAAUAGUUUUUUGGAAGCAACUUUAUGUAUAAAUAACAAAUGUUUAUAUUUAACUAAAUGUGUAAGGUACGAAUUAUUACAUGUUAAACUUUCCUUCCCUCUGAUAUAGUAGGUAUGGACCAUAUCUACUGUCACAUUCCAUGGUAGUAUUUUAAAUAUUUAAUUAGUUAAUUUAGUCACAUUUUUAUUCCAGAUGGACAAAUUGAUAUUUUCAGUCCUGGUUCCCUUCAGCUACAGUUUGUGUUGAGUUGUAUCCAUACAUUCUGAUAAUCUAAAAACCUUUAAAAUAUUAAUUAUUCUAGUCUUGAGUGACCAAUAUUUUUUUGUUAAGCACAGAUGUAAUUGUCUAAAAUGUUAGAACAUAACAUUUAUUUUUAUAUAUAAAUGACUUUGAUUUCAACAUAAUAGCAAAAAGGAAGUUGUUUCUGUUGCUCAACCAGCAAGUUGUUUUCUUUUGGGGUGUCCUCCAAAAAUACUUUAUUGCAUAUUCAGAUGUUCAUUAAGCAAAAGGUACGUUAAGGCAGUUGUAACAAAUUGUCAUCGGUGUUCUUGUUUAUCCUUCUGUUAAACUAGGAUCCUGUUCAGCUGUUUAUCAAGUACUAUGAUUAAAACAAAAGAUUAAUAACAAAAGUGAAAUUGUUUUCAUUAUUUUGAACUUCAACUUUCUCUUAUUUGAAUGGGCAAGAAAAAAAGUACUGUGUGUUUUGUUCAAAAACAACAACAAAAGACUUAGCUUGAGAAAUAAAUUAACAGCCCAGGCAAAACUGGAGUGAACUUCUUAAUUUAGGAAAUUCAGAGGGAGGAUGGGGAAGUGGGGAGAGAGCGAGCGAAUGUAUGCGUCUGUGCAGUGGUAUAUCGUGUAAGAUACUUGUUAUGGCUUUGUACUUACUAAGUGUUUAACUUUCAGAUAAGAAUUAACUGAUUAACCCAUAGGGAAUUUGUUAAAACAUUAUGUGUUUUGCUCUGUCAUGAAGUAAGAAACAUUUACUUCUCAUUAUAGAUACGUAAAACACUACAACCAGUCAUAAUUCAUUAGCGAAGGUGCCUAUUUGAUAUCCUGGCUGGAGUAGGACUGACUGUCCUCAGUGUACCCUUGUUAUUAAACAAACAAAAAAAGGAAUUGAUUUUAAAAGAUGACUUUUUCUCACUUCCUAUGCAUUUCUUCAGUAUAUUUUAUGUAAUUUUUCUUUCUGCAUGUAUCAGUGCCCUUAAUUUUCCUUUGUAGCCCAGGAGUAAAAUAAGCAAAUGUAUAUAACAUUGUCUGUAAAAAUACUUUUUAAAAGAAAACAUUUAUAUUUAUAUUACAGCUUGGAUUGACCACCUUGUGUACAUAGAUCAUCUCAAAGUAUUAUUUCACAUUGAAAAGAAGACAAAUAUAUUGAUAACUGUAGAAGUUACGGAAGAGCUUCUAGUUUUGUAUUAAGAGUUGAUUGGAUGAAUUAAGUCCAAGAAUACAACAUGGUAGCAGCGGUCUUGGUUUUUACUGUUUAUAUAUUUGAAAGCUGCUACUCUGGUUGAUUUUCAUUCUUCACACAUUUUCAGCUAAACUUGGUUGCCUAGAAUAGACUGUUAACUUUUAAAAGAACUUUGAUAAAAAGUGAUGUUUUUCUAGUGAAUGAGAGGAAUUUAAUAUUUGUACGUGCUAGGUUCCUUAUUCAAGGUGAAGAAACAUAUGAACGACCUAAGAAAAGAACUUGCUGGCUGUAUAGGAAAAUGCUAUAGAAUCCUAUUGUAUAUAUACUUCAAGAAAGAAAUGAGUUUAACAGUUUCCUCUGAGCACUAUACAACAUAGUGAAACUCCUGGUCCUGUACUGUAUUUUAUAUGAAACAUAUAUGCUUUAAUAUUUUUAUUGAAUGUGUGCAUUAAUAUUUUCACCUUGCGUUUAACCACAUUGCUGCUAAAAUGGUUUCUUCUUUUGCUUUCCUCUUUGAAGAUCUGAUCCAUCUAAAAAGGGUAAUGGUUACUAAACUUGACGUGUUCACUUUUUCUUGUGCUGGAAGUGCUAGCCUGCAUGCCCAGUGUGAGAGCAACUAAAAGAACUGCAAAGAUAUAUGCUUACUACAUAAGGGCUGGGUUUCGUAGGAUGCAUGCCUGCCUUUUCUUUUGGUGUUAGGGGUCUCACCCCCUGUUUCAGUUAGGAGAUGAGUACGCAAACCUAUUCCAGAAUGGGAUUUUACAUCUGCGCAUCUUUUGUUUAGGACAGCACGUAACAUUUGUUCUGUCUCUUCUGAAAUACUUCCUUAAGCAUUUGGGAAGGGAGAAAUUUCUUCCCCGGUCCUUGCUCCUCCCCUUGCCCUUAAGGUCAGAACUGUAGUUUGCCAGGCAUGUAGUAGGAGAGCUUUGUGCUUCUUGGAAGUGAGACCCAAGCCUUGGGAAACCGUCAUUGAAUAUUAAGUCCCUGGUGUGUUGAAAGCCCUGGUUACCGUGAAAAUUGAGUAUUUCCCCUUGAAAGCGGGGGGAAGAAAUUAAAUGCUAGCAGCACUCCUGCACCAUCUACUGGGGAAAAAUAUUCAGCUGCAUUCAGGCCCAAUACUUGACUACAUCGUAAUUUAACUGGCUGUCAGUGCACCACUUAAGCUACAAAAAUAUAUAAAGCUUGAGUUAUAAAUUUAUAAAAUAGUAAUUUGGACUUUGUUAUUCUUUAUCUUAUUAUGCUUCUUAAGUUUCAUUAUUAAUAUUGAUUGAAAGUAAAAAUACUUUAACCAUGUUUUGUUAGAUUUAAAAUAGUUACGACCGCCUAUUACACAAGAGCAUCAAAAUUGGGAAUGAAAUUCUUUUGAUUCUGUCACUGGGUUUAUAAGAUAUUAUUUUUUAUUUUAUUAUUUUCCCCUCCUCUUAAUUCUUUCCCACAGCAAAGUGAUGGAGUUUUGAUGUUCAUGCAGAGGGAAUCUGGCCUUUUGGUUUGUGAUAGGAAUGAAGUUUUGAGUACGCACAGGUUGGUCUGUGCGCCUGCACAUGCGAUUCAGUAGUUGUAAAGGGCAUACCUACAGCUGUGGGCAAGAUUACAGCAAUAUUCUGAUAAUAAUCUAAAACUACUGUGGUAACGCUUUACUAAACAGCAGCAAAUGAUGGCAUAAAACUCAUUUCCAGAGCUUAUGUAAAGGAUGUUCCACGCAGGCUUAACUGAUGCAGUUUCCUCUAGAGAAAAAAACGGUAUUUUGAAGAAUGUGUUUUUCUUGCAUGUUGGAAUACAACAUUCCCAUUUCAGAUGUGUUCUCUGCAGGAUGACCUGUUCAUGUGUACCUGGAAGAUAAUGUUGAAUUCCCCUGUAAAAAAAUGCACAGGUUUAAAUUAGAUUUUAAAUCUUUUCGGAGCUUAGGGCACAGUAUGCAGCCAAUACAGGGAUACAUUUGUAUUAAUAAAAUGAAGAUCAAGGGUGGUGGCUGGCAAAAAAAACAACUUUAAAAAGAUAUCUUAUGGUACUGUUAGUCCAGUAGCUGCAUGGACGAAACUUUUCUUCAGUGCACCUAUAAACACAAGGAGAGGUUUGGGGGAUGGUUUAGGUUUGGGUUUGGUUUUUUCCCUGAAAGCUUCUCUCUCUUAAUUGUAAAAGUCGUGUUUCUUUAAAGAAAUCAAAAGCAUUUGGUGAAGAGGAAGCCUUCAUGUUUAAAGCUGCAGUAUAGCUGUACAUAGUUUUCCUUCUUUCGCUUGGUGCCAUUUGCUUUCCACCCUAAUGACCUCAAAGUGCCUCAUGUGUACAUUGUUUCCAUUAAACCUCAACUGCUAUUUCUUUCUACUAAAUGAUGUAUAAUUUAGUUAACUCAUCCCAUAGGUGUUUCCUUUAUGAAUAUGAAUAUAGCUUGUUACUUUGAGUAUAUAAUGUAAAUAUGCAUUUACAUUUGUAACUGGUUUGUUACAUCAUACCUUGUAAGUUGACAUAGCAGAUAACACCAUAAAAAUUGUUUAAAUGUUUUUUCCUGUAAUGACCUGAUUAAAACUAUCUUGAAAUGAAA